AUGGAUUCCGCAGCAGACUUCCCGCCGUUCCAGCAGCAGCUAACGUCGUCGCUCGUGCAGAUGACGCGCACUGUUGGCCAGCUCUCUGCUGAAGAUCUCAGUUUUCAUCGCACUUCAAGCGCGGAGCUUUCCGAGUCCAUCGAUGAACAAAGCGGCAGGAUUCUUUCAUUAACUUCUUCACUUUUGAAAGCCGCCACAGCCGGUACCGAUUUACCCGUGCCGACCUUGCAGGAUGAAGACUCCAUCGAAGACAAUUGGCGCGGUGUGGUGGAUGUUAUCGAUGCUCUUUUGGAAAGAGCAGAUGCUUGUUUGGAUGAAUUUACCGGUGUGAUUAAGAGACUGAGCCCAUCGCAGCAAGAACAGAGUGCAGCCAAGGCUACCAAGAAGACCACUUCGAAGUUUCCCACCAUCUACGAUUACGGCCCGUCGAAGAUCCCGAAACCUCAGCUGUAUUUUGAGCGUCAAGUCGAUAACGCCGAUGAUUCGCCUUUCAAGCCAUUGCUCAGGACUAAGCCACAUGCGGUGGUUCCGUUGGAGAAGUCUGUUGAAUCGUCGGACCGAAACCCUUACGAGACCGAGAUCCGCGCCGCAAGGUAUCCGGAGUCUACCUACGCUGUGUCAUCUCCCGUUCCUUACCAGCCUUGGGAGUCGACAACCGCAACUUUCGUGGAUACCCUAGAAGGAGUGAAGGAAAUGUUGGAAGAGCUCAAAUCUGCGAAGGAGAUCGCUAUCGAUCUAGAGCAUCACGAUGUGCAUUCCUAUCAGGGUCUUGUUUCUUUGAUGCAGAUCAGCACCCGCGAUAAGGACUGGGUGGUUGACACGCUGAAACCGUGGAGGGAGGAGCUUCAGAUGCUUAAUGAGGUCUUUGCGGAUCCUAGCAUCCUCAAAGUGUUCCACGGUUCGUCCAUGGAUAUCAUUUGGCUCCAACGCGAUCUAGGUCUCUACGUAGUCGGCAUGUUUGAUACCUACCACGCCGCCUGCGCUCUGAAUUACCCCAAGCGGAGUUUGAAGUUUCUUCUGCAAAAGUUUGUCAACUUCGAAGCCGACAAGAGAUACCAAAUGGCCGACUGGCGAAUUCGGCCGAUUCCAGAGGGCAUGUUCGACUACGCCAGAUCCGAUACCCAUUACCUUCUUCACAUUUUCGAUCACUUACGCAACGAACUCAUAGAGAACUCAACGCCCGAAAACAACCUUAUCGACUACGUCUUGGAGAAGUCAAAGGAUGAAGCUCUGCAACGGUUUGAACGCUCUCCUUAUGAUGCUGCCACAGGCCAAGGACCAGGUGGCUGGUACGACUACUUAUCGCGCAAUCCUGCGGUCCUGUCUAAGGAGCAAUUUGCCGUCUUCAAAGCAGUUCAUCAAUGGCGUGAUGCAGUUGCGAGAGAGGAGGACGAAGGCGUGCAGUGUGUGUUCCCUAAGCACGUCCUUUUCAAGGUUGCGCACGCUAUGCCUUUGGAUCUGGGGACAUUGUUCCGGACACUGUCACCAGUGACACCCAUCGCCAAGGACAGAGCCGCGGACCUCCUGGCGGUCAUCAAAAAUGCAAAGAUCGAAGGCGCUGACGGCCCUGAAUGGCGUGAUGUGUAUGUGAAGCCGACAAGAGCGGGACGAUCUGUUCCGGCGACGGAAACCGAACAGGGUCUUGUGACGCCACCUAUCGGUGAGGAGAACUUCCCUACCGCUGCGCGCUGCGAGGUUUCCCAGUUCUGGGGUGCAGUGUUGGACACCCGGGAACCUCUUACCCCUCCCGAGUACUCUGCCGUCGCCUCUGCAGAAGCCCUUCGACUAUCGCUCCCGCUGCCACCCAUGCCUCGUACGGUAUCUGAAGCUCGCGACAAGCUUGCUGGCUCUGCUGCCAAGCCUGCGCCCCCCAAACCCACCCCAGCUCCUGUUGAAAUGCCAGAAGAAAAGGAGGAGAACAAGAUCUUCACGGUCAAAGGGCUUGGUGGCCCGCGCAAACGGAAGAGCGAAGAAGCUCCGUCGCCAGAGGGUGACGAUUCUAGCGAUGUGAUACACAUCGGGGAGAAACCGUCUAAGAAACAACGCCGGAAGGAAAAGAAGAACAAAUCCGCGUCGCAGACUCCACAGCCCGAGGAGAAGAAGGAAGAAGCUGAGCCCUUUAAUUAUGAGGCCGCUGACUCCGUCCUACACGCACAGCCAGCCCAGACCGCCACACUUCACAAGAAACGGCCAUUCAACCCAUACAAGAAGGCGCUUGAGGCACCCAGUGGAGUGCGCAAGCAGAAGCGUGAGACCCCCGGCAAGUCAUUCACUUUCAGGUGA